AUGGAUGUUGGGAAUGGGUCAGAUGAUGAGCCGCAAGUAGAGGCAAAUAAUGCCUCUGAGGCUGCCUCAAGUGGUAACCAGCCUCCAAGCCAUGAUGAUUACGAAGCUUGGAGGAGAGUAGGAGCAUCUAGUAGUAACCAGCCUCCAGUGUGGGACGAAUACCUACGUAGGAGGAUGCGUGAUGAUUCGAAUUGGGAUAACAUGUUUAUGCUUACACUCGCAGCAGCAGAGGAAAGCGCAUUGCCAGCCUUUAAGCGAAUGCCAGAACACAAUAUCGGCUUACGUGGACGAGACUAUAUAAUUGCAAUUCUCAAUGGACAUCCGAAUAACUGUUGGAAAUUAUUUCGGAUGGAGAUAUACGCAUUUGAAGCGUUAUGCAAUACAUUGCGGGCCAAUGAAUAUUUAACAGCAACAAGAGAGGUUUCUGUGGAGGAAGCUUUGGCAAUGUUUGCAUACACGGUCGCACAUGCCGAAGUUCAACGUGUCACAGCCGAUCGGUUUCAACACUCUACUGAAACAGUUAAUCGGCAUGUGUAUGCAGUGAUGAUUGCUCUAUGUAAUAUUGCUCCUGAUGUAAUUGCAGCUACACAUACUACUGGGGUAGCACCAUAUAUUCAAGGCAAUCCAAAACAUUAUCCAUGGUUUGAGAAAUGUAUUGGUGCAAUUGACGGUACUUAUAUCGAUGCAUGUGUGCCUGCCGAGGCAACUAACGCGUAUCUGUCUCGUCAUCAACAAGUUAGCCAAAAUGUGUUGGCAGCCUGUGAUUUCGACAUGAAAUUCACAUUUAUAUACGCUGGCUGGGAAGGCACUGCCCAUGAUGCACGCCUAUUUAUGGAUGCAUUGAGUCGUCCAGGGAUCGAUUUCCCAUUGCCUCCUGAGGGUUAUUAUUACUUGGUUGAUUCCGCCUUCCCGUGCACACUGGGAUUUAUGCCCCCGUACCCCAGGGUGCGGUAUCAUAGGUCUGACCGGCAUAGCAAUAGCUCAUUCUCGGGAUAUCAAGAUUAUUUUAAUUAUCGACAUUCUUCCCUCCGGAAUGUGAUUGAGCGUACAUUCGGUGUGCUAAAAAAAAGAUAUCGAAUUUUGAAAUCAAUGAACCCAUACAAGGUGACACGACAACGGUAUAUUGUCAUUGCAUGUUGUGUUAUGCAUAACAUUAUUCGAUCAAUUACACCAAAUGAUAAGAUAUGGCAUAAAUUUAAAAAUUCGAAUCUUGCUAAAGGACAAACUGUUGAGGAUAACCCGGACCAUUCAACACAUAUGCCUGACAUGUCAUCUGCCUCAGCACAAGCCAUGGCUGCUACCAGGGACUCUAUCGCAAUAAAUAUGUGGGCACAUAGGACGGCCCAUUGA